UUCAGACCUAAUUUAUGGCGAUAACGGAACAACACAGCAGAAGGCGGCGCGGGAAGCAUCCGCAAGGGGAGACAAAUCCGAGUUCGAUUGAUAGACUCAGCGAUUUGCCGGACUCAGUCCUGACUCACAUCCUCUCUUUUCUCCCGACCAAUUUGUCCGUGAGAACGAGCAUUCUAGGUCAAAGAUGGCGGUUUCUCUGGGCUUACGUCCCCACUUUAGAUUUCCACGACGAGAAUCAAGAAAUCAUCAACAGGGUGAUGUUGCUACGCAGAGUGCAAACAAUUAAUACUUUCCGCCUCCAUUUCUAUCUCGACUGUAGCGCCUAUCAACUGGAGACAUGGUUCACCUUUGCCAUUAUGCGAGGUGUACAAAAACUCGAUCUUUCUCUUGCAUACGAAGAAGAUACUGUAUCUGGUUUACCUGGAUGCAUCUUCACCUGCGAAACCCUAGUUGAUUUGAGUCUCUAUUAUUGUGGUGGGAUACCCGCAAGUGGCGCUGUGUGUUUGCCUCGCCUCAAGAUUCUUCGUCUUAUCUCUGUUCAAUACGAAGCCGAUGAGUCCCUCCCACACCUGCUUUCCGGCUGUCCAGUGCUUGAGGAUUUGGAAAUCAGAUUAGAAUCAGAUAUGGUUACCUGUAAUGUAUCUUCGCCUACUGUGAAAAGGCUUGUGCUCGAUUUUUUAUACGAGGGCUGCUGUAGUUAUGGUAGAUCUGACAGGCUGGAGAUCGAUAACACCCCUGCACUCGAAUAUCUCGAGAUAAAUAAUUGUUCCUCGGAGCAUAUAAAAUGUGGGGUGCUGAACUCCUUAAUUAAAGCAGAAAUCGGUUUCUAUAAGGACGAGAAGAAACAAGACUAUUAUCUUUAUUCUCGAACCGUGCUGGAAUUUUUCGAUAGGCUUUGCAACGUCGAGUGCCUAAAGUUGGAUUUAUCAUAUGGUCCAGAUAUUAUGGAUUCAGUACUCUCUGCUUGGACUACAAAUUUUCGUAACCUAAGGAAACUCGAAUUGCAUGCCGAUUGUCGCUUUCUCCCAAAGUUCCUCGAAAAUGCUGAUAAUCUUGAAACCCUUAUUUUCACUGAGCAUUGGGAAGAAAUAGAAGGCUGGAUGGAACCACGGCAACAAGUGCCAACGUGCCUAUUAUCGAAUCUUAGAAUUAUAAAUAUUGAAAAUAUUCAAGGUCAAAAGCACGAGUUCGAAGCUAUAAGAUAUUUUUUGAGGAAUUCUAAAGUCUUGGAGCGGAUGAAAAUAUCAUAUUCCCGCCGACUCUUUAGUUCGAAUAAAGAGAUUAAUAUGCUAAAGAAGAUCUCAACUUUUGAACGAGGAUCCACAGCAUGUCAAGUUGAAUUUCUUCUGGAUCGGUAGGGGGGUCUACGUAAAUUAAUUGCUCCAGAAUUGCUUUAUUCACUCGGGCCUUGUAAACUUUUCGACAAGUAUCUUCUGUUGUGACCUACAAAAUUCAUCUUUACUUUCUGUCUUCAUUACU